AUGAAUAUUAAUGAUAAUGAACAUAACGAUGAAUAUCCCGAUUAUAAUGAAUAUAACGAUGAAUAUCCCAAUGAUAAUGAAUAUAACGAUGAAUAUCCCGAAGAUGAUGAAUAUAAAAACGAAUGGGAAAUUAUAAAUGACAGCCAAAAUAACAAUGCCAAUAAAGAAAACAACAAUAAUAAGA